CAACAAAUUACCAGAGAGCUGCAGGCUGUCGCUGGACUGAGAAGCUAUGCCUCCGAGAAAUCGUGGAGGGAGACCUACUCUAAGUCAUGGCUUAGACCGAGAUGUAUACCAGGUCGUGCGCAAGACUAUCGAUGAGAAGUCUGAGAAUGGGCGGGUGCGCCUUUCGGUUCCUGCAAUCUACGACAGCAUCAAAAGAUCGAAUUCCAGCUUGAACAGGAAACCUAAGAAGCUGCUGGAGGACAGCAUUGAGCGGGUCCUGGAUGUGAUGAAAAGUGAUCUGCUUGGAGAUGAGGAAGAGUCAAUCGAUGGCAAUUUCGAUGGACUCGAGGAUGUGAACCAGGUUCCGGAAUCCAAUGGUGUCAACAGGAGCAUCGUCGGCAUGUGGUCAACCAAACCCUCUCAGAAGGUAGCAGAGUCUAACGGUGUGGAGGAGGGCUCUGCGAUGACAGCACCUUCCACGACUCACAAGAGACGACAACAUGGAGGUGAAUCAGCGUCUAAACGACGAAAAGCCGACAGUGCUAUUGACAGGUCACCCCCGACACAUGUGAGCCUUGCAGACCUAGGCGGGCUGGACAGUGUUGUUCAAGAAUUAGGAGAUCUCCUGAUCUUACCCAUGACCCGCCCACAAGUAUAUGUGUCGUCGAAUGUACAACCUCCCCGAGGCGUGCUGUUACAUGGACCACCAGGAUGUGGUAAAACCAUGAUAGCGAAUGCCUUCGCGGCAGAGCUAGCAGUCCCAUUUAUUGCCAUUUCAGCACCAUCUAUAGUCUCUGGGAUGUCUGGAGAAUCAGAGAAGGCUCUACGGGAAUAUUUCGAAGAAGCGAAAAAAAUAGCCCCUUGUCUUAUUUUUAUUGAUGAGAUAGAUGCGAUUACUCCUAAACGGGAGAGUGCACAAAGGGAAAUGGAGAAGAGAAUUGUUGCUCAGCUCUUAACAUGCAUGGAUGACCUAGCAUUAGAGAAGACGGACGGGAAGCCCGUUAUUGUCCUUGCGGCUACCAAUCGUCCCGACAGUUUGGAUCCAGCCCUGCGCCGAGGAGGCCGGUUCGAUAAAGAAAUAAACAUGACUGUUCCCUCUGAACAGAUGAGAGAACAUAUUCUUCGGGCACUCACCCGGAAGAUGCGCUUUGCCGAUGAUCUUGAUUUCAAGACUUUGGCCAAGAGGACUCCAGGUUUUGUGGGUGCUGAUCUCAACGACCUAGUUUCCACCGCCGGUUCGGCGGCUAUUAAGAGAUAUCUAGAAAUUCUGAAGUCGCACACUGACGAGGACAUGGAAACUGACGAGACGGACGACCUUAAUCCUAAAGUGAAAGAGUUGCGGCGUCUCAUCGCCCACGCCAAGGAAGCCCCCAUUGGCGAGGAAAUACAAACUAUAUUGGUGUCGAAUACGGACUUUAUGACGGCACUACCCAAGAUUCAGCCAUCAUCCAAGCGUGAAGGCUUCGCCACAAUCCCAGAUACAACGUGGGCAGACAUAGGUGCUUUGAGUGGGAUCCGCGAGGAACUGGCCACAGCGAUCGUGGAGCCCAUUAAGAAUCCUGAAAUAUAUGCCAGAGUUGGAAUCACUGCUCCCACGGGUGUUCUGCUCUGGGGUCCACCUGGGUGCGGUAAGACUCUGCUCGCCAAAGCCGUUGCCAACGAAUCUCGCGCGAACUUCAUCAGCGUUAAAGGCCCAGAACUCCUUAAUAAAUACGUCGGUGAAUCUGAGCGUGCCGUACGACAGGUGUUUGUUCGUGCCCGUUCGUCGGUCCCCUGCGUCAUAUUUUUUGAUGAGCUUGACGCCCUAGUUCCUCGCCGAGAUGACACUCUGUCAGAAGCAUCUGCGCGCGUCGUGAAUACGCUACUGACUGAACUCGACGGCCUGGGCAGCAGCCGUCAAGGAAUUUACGUAAUAGCUGCUACAAACCGUCCAGACAUCAUCGAUCCAGCCAUGCUCCGACCGGGACGUCUCGAGACGCUUCUCUUCGUGAACUUACCUAGUCCCCUAGAACGUGUUGAGAUUCUUCAGACCCUCGUUCGCAAUCUGGAUAUUGAUUUCUCGGAUGACUUGAGGAAACUGGCUGAAGAAUGCGAAGGAUUCAGUGGAGCCGACCUGGGAAGUCUUCUCCGUCGCGCCGGAUACUCCGCCAUUAAGAGACGGGAUGCAAUCAAAUUCCAGGACUUCCUGGCCGCUAAAGCGUUCAUUCGACCCAGCGUCACCGAUAUGAAAAGGUACGAGAAGUUGAGAAGAGAUUGGAGCGGUGGUGUUAUCUGAGGAGCAAAUAGUCUUACGACUGUAUAUGUUGUACGAAGCUAGUGAGCGAGCUUUUUUUGCUGUUGAAUUCUUUGAUAUAUUAUACAUACACUUAUGUAUAUAUGGCUAUCGAGUGUUAUGAUGCUCUUCGCUUUAGGAAUGCCUAUGUUGAAUCUUGAAACCUCGAUAGAAGCUUUCAAUAUUCUUUUCCUGUUUCUGUAUAUGGUGGAUCAAAUAUGAGAUAUUCAGAACCGGACUAACACCCUACAUGUUGCAAUACAACUUCAGUGCUCAUGUCUUAGUUACUGGAAGUGGCUGGAGCGAGGACAAGUUACAAGGCAGGGACCGACUAGUUCCAAUGAAUAUAGCAUAUGCAUACAAAAAUUAAUUGACAAAAAAAAACGCCUUCCCAUUAUAUAAAGACCCAUGAUAAAUAAAUGUACCGUAAGACAGUCCAACGGUCACAUCCAUAAACGACAUGUUCCAUCCGCUCCUGCACUGACACACCACGGUUCCUUCGGGUGCCAAUCGACAUCUAGCACACCCAGUUCGCCGGUGAUCUUGUGGCCCUUGAGAACUUUCAGGGGCACGAUAGUAGCAUUGCUGAGCAUAUCACCAGUCACGCUGCCAUGGAAGAUUUGGAGGGAGCCAUCGUCGCUGGCGUCAGCAAACAGGGGGUAGCGGCCACCUGGGUGGAAUUUAACAGCGCGGAUAGCUUUGCGAUGAUACCGCAAUGUCUUGUAAGGACGUGAAGAAAGAUCAAGAUCAUGCCAUAGAAGACGACGGUCGUAAGAUCCGACAAUGAGGUUCUCCCCACCAGAGGAUGUAGAUGAAAAGGGGUGGAAAUCGAAGGAGGAUAUCCAGCGCGCCCCUGGCUGAAUGAUCUUGACGAGUAGCUGACGAGAGAGAUCAUAAGCGCGGAUUGUUCGUUGGUUGGCAACAAAAAGAACAGGUUUCGACGGGUGAAAAUGUGCAGUUUGCGGAGGUCCACCACCCUUGAUACGUCGGCGGAAGGGGAAUUGAGUCAGAUGUUUCGAAAGAGUGUGAAUGGCAAUCGCUACAGAUGCUGGUGUGGACGAACCAGGGCAUACUGUAACGAAAUAGUCGCCACGGCGGUGCCAUGAGAGAGACUUCGCGACGUAUCGAAGGGGGAUAACAGCGCAAACCCCAGAUUCCGCAAGGGAUGAUGAUGGACGGAUCCACUGUGGAGGAGUGUUCUUUUUAUUCGCCUCCGCAGCACUUGGGAUUGGUUUCGAAGCUGCAAACCCCCAGCCUGCGUCCAGGACUUCCAGACUAGCCUUCUCAGUUUCUGGGUCAACGAUGGGUGGAACUGCAAGGAAGACAUCAUCACCAGCUGCAACAGCCAGAAUGACAACAUCCUUGCCAGGUCUCCACCGGAUAACGUUGACAGCAUCCUCGUCACUUAGUUUCACACUCCACAGCUGACGGCCAGUAAGAAGCUCCCAAAUGCGGACCGUCCCAUCAUCGCCUCCAGUUGCAAGCCAAAUACCGGAUGGAUCAACAGAUAGAGUACGGACACGCCCCUUAUGUCCUCUAAAGACGGCUGCACAUGCGGUAGGGAACGGCUUCAGUUCCUCAGGACUAGGAAGCUUGGGGAGAAGACUCUCCGGAUCAAUAUUCAGCUUGCUCCUCCGAACUCUAGGGGCAAGAUACAAAUCCAGACAACGCUCAAACUUCUCCUUGACAAAGUUUUCAUAGCCAGGGACUUUCCGAAGGGAGCCGAAAUCAUUUGGAAGGAAAUCCUUCUCGCGAUCUUCUGGAUCAGCUUCUUCCCAGGCUUUCCGUUCAUUUUUAUUGGGAAGAUACUCAGGAGGUGGAUGGUAACUCUCCUCGUAGCCAGGUGGAGGAAGCUUGGGAGCAGGAACGUGCAUCGGGUGAUCAGGUCGCUCUGCUUCAUCCGCCCACAGAUCGUAUCUCGCCAUGUCCUCAUUCUCGUCCUCCUCUUUUGGGGGUUUAUAUGGUAGAAUGCGACCAUCCCUAAUUGCCUUGACAAUCUUCAUAACACGCUUGGCUUCGUGCUUCGAUGGUACAAAUCGACGCUUCGGCUCGGGGGCUGCACUUAGCGGCAUGAUCUCCUGCUUGCUGGUAAACCACUCAACAGCAGGCUCAUACUGGUUGUAGCCUUCUUCCGGUAUCUCGUUCAUCUGGAUCUUGCGCAAUAGUUCCAACUCAUCCUGGCUAAGUUCCAGUGGCUUUCCAGUUGAAGGAUCUGUGAGCCCGGUCCAACCCUUAGGAACUUCAAUGCUGUCGAGCAAUGAGUCUAGAGCUUCGCCCGUUGCAGGUCUCAUAAUCUUCUUUCCAUUGACAUCAUAACCAAUGUGAGGAUACUGGUCGUAGAAAGAAAGAGGAAUGUUGCCGAUGGUGUUGGCAUUCUCGUCGACCUCGGAGUAUUCCGAGUUAUCAUCUGGGUUUAUCUCAUCAUAAACGUAGCGGUCAUUGCCAUAUGCAUCCUUUUCAAUACGGUAAUUGAGUUGCUCCUCAUCGCUGGAGCUCGAUUUCUCUUCCAAUGACCCGUCGAGAUUGGCUGCCGUAGUGCCAGAUUUUUUUCUCUUGAUCACAUCUUCCUCAUCUGAAGGGAUUUCAUCACUGUCCAGCUCCUCAUCAUCUUCAUCCUCAUCACUAAAAUCGUCAACAAUUUCGACUUCCGAAUCGCUCGAGUCUGAGUCUGUGUCCGAUAGGUCAUUUGCAUUGUCCGAGAGUACACCGUCGAGGUUAUCCGAAUUCAACUCGUCCCCAGAGAAUACACCAGCUUCCUCCUCGACAUCUCGAGUGACAGCCUUGCGUUUCUUCGAGGUCUUAGAAGCGUCCAUAUUGGAGAAGACAACAAUGUAUUGCGUGUCAAC